AUGUCUCCCUGUCCUCCUGGCUGCUGCUGCCCUCACCCAGGAUUUUUAGUCCUGUGCGAGUCCCUUGGUCUCAGGUCACUUCCUCACUCUGUCCCUCUGAGUACCUCAGCCCUGUCUGUGGCCAGAAACCAGCUUUGCAACGUGGACCACCUGCUGCAGCCCUUAUCUGGCCUACAGGAGCUCAGCCUCAGUCAUAAUCUGUUGGCCCGCUUCCCUCGUGGCCUGCCUCCAAGUCUGGAGUCCCUGCUGCUGCAGGAGAACCGCAUAACUUACAUCACCUCAGGUGCCCUGAGGCAACUGGGGAACCUCACUCGUCUGGAUCUGGAGGACAACCGCAUCCGUGCCAUCCAGCCUGGGGCCCUUCAGGGUCUUGGAAAAUUGCAGGUCCUGACACUGAAGGGCAACCAACUUACAAGCCUUCCUCUGAAUCUGCCCCCCUCACUGACCCACUUAGACCUCUCUGCUAAUUGCAUCUCAGCCCUGGACCUGCCCUCGCUGUCCACCCUGGUCAACCUGCAGGUCCUGAAGAUAAACAGCAACUGCCUGCGUUCAGUCCCAGAGAACACCUUCGACGGGCUGCCACGUCUCCGGUCUGUGGACCUCACAAACAACCUGUGGGUGUGCGAGUGUGACAUUUUGUAUCUUUACCGCUGGCUGCUGAGUGGUCGGCUGAAGAUGGCCACAGACCUGGUGUGCACCGAGCCAGUCCACCUCGCUCACCGUCUGCUUCUCAACCUCUCUGUCGUGGCUAUCUGUCCACGUGUCCUGAUGCCAAAUGAGAGGACACACCGACUGCAGACCUCCACAGCUGAACCUACAGCACCUGGUUUCAAGAGCUCACUGGAUAAGAGGAGGGACUUUGAAAGCUUGUCAGAUGGUUUGUUACAGCAAAUAUCAAAAGCUCAAAACAUUCACAAAGAUGUUUCCAAGUCUCAUGUAUUACUUGAGAACUACUCUUUAGAGACUCUUAGCUACGAGGACUGUUUGUCCUUAAAUAAAACACAAACUGUGAGCCCUUCCUACUUAGGCACUACUUCUCUCCCUGCUGAGGAACAAAGGUGCAGAGGCAACGUCACAGGUCGAUACCCUCAAAUUAAUGCAACCUCUGCUGAAGAGACCCAAUCUUUGCUUUCCACAAACAGAGAUGCCCCUCUGCCCACUCCAAACCCACGUCUGUUUACACACCAGGACUUGGUGGUCAUCUCUCUGCUGGCUGUGUUAUGUGUAUUAGUGGCUCUACUAAUGCUGGCAGUGUUACUUGUGCUGAAAAAGGUACUUCGGCGCCAACAGAGGGUGGCUCCGCUUGAUGGAGUAGCUGGUGGAUGA